AUGCCAUUUGGUUUCUACCACGAGGUGGUAUGUACUAUAUCUAGAAGCGCACUAUGGUCAUUCUUCAGUGAUAUCAAGCUUGAAGACGUUGACAAUGUGCCUCCAGAAUCACAACCUUUUAUAGUUGCCGCUACUCAUCACAACAUGAUUGUCGACCCUGCAGUCUUAUCUGUUACAUUUCCCAACAAACGUCGGCUUCACUACUGGGCCAAGGACAGCAUGUUCAAAAAUCCGUAUGCUGCUUCAUUCUUAAAUGAUUGUGGUGUUGUACCAGUUGAUAGAACGACUAAAAACAAUUCCUUGCUUUACGCUUCGACCUUCGAAGUUUUGAAACUGGGAGAAGCAGUAGCAGUAUUUCCAGAAGGAACCAGCCAUACUCUGCCAAGAUUGGGUACUUUCAAAGAUGGCACUAGUUUUGCUGCUUUGGAAUAUGCGAAAAUCAACCAUGAUGAGGGGCUCAAUAAACCUGCUCCAAUCUUACCUGUUGGUAUUGUGUAUCCUGAGAAAUCGAAAUAUAGAAGCGUUGUUAUUGUUAAAUAUGGAAAGCCCAUUCCCAUUGAACCGUAUUUGCCUCUGUAUUUACAAGACCCCAAGAAAGCAGCCAAGCAAUUGACGAGGGCCACUGAGCAAGCCAUGGAAAAGCUCACGGUGAAUGCACCUGACUGGGAUAGUAAGUAUGCUGCUGACAUGGCCAGAUGGUUAUUAUUCCCGGGUGAGAAUGGUCUGAUGAAGGACUAUAUACCAAUUACUCAGAGCUUGAUAAAUGCAAUGCAUUCACUGGGUGAAAAGGAUGUCGAGAUUGCUAAACUUCAAAAAAGUCUGGUUGUAUACAAAUUGGAACUGGAAUCUUUGCUACUGAAGGACGCACAAAUUGCCAAAUAUAACGAAAAGAAUAUUACAGCCAUCUCAACCACCGUGCAAUUAUUACAACGUACAGCUGCUAGUUUAAUCGAUUUACCCUUAUUUUUACCGGGCCUGGUAGCCCAUUUACCACUGUACGUAGCUGGUUAUAUUGCUGGUCAUGUUGAAAUUUACGAGGAGGUAAGAGCCCAAAACAAAAUCUUCUUUGGAAUGGCACUCGUACCUCUGAUUUAUUUGGUGUCCUUCAUCUGGGGUUGGUUUGCUUUAUUUGGUGGCACCUUCUUGGGUUUCUUUACUGCUUUGGCUACUUUAGGUGUAUUUGUCUGGUACCAUGUCACUUCAAUUGACGAACGUUAUGAAAAUUUCAAGGAUUUGCAAGGCAGAUGGCGCUUGUUUGAUGCUGUGGUACUUGGACGUGGCAUGUGGAGACGCAAAGAUCGCAUUCUGGAAUUGAAGAAGUUAAGAACUGAAAGUUUGGCUCAAGUUCGAAAGAUGAUCACUGCAUACAAAUCAACAAAUGACGAUGUCCAUGUGGUUUGGUUAGCGCUUCGUCAGCGUGUAAGACAAUUUGGUGAAGUAUCCAAGCUUCGCUCAAAGAAGAAGGCGUUAGCAAAGCAGUAUGAGUGGUGCUUUGAAGGUUAA